UUAUAUAAAUAUGAGCGUUACUGACUCUCCACCAAAGAGACUGAGAUAGAGAACUUGUGACACACUAAAAUGUCUGCUAAACAACUAAGCCGCCACGGACACGAUCAAAACGAUGAAGACUGUGACAUGCCCACUGACAAACAUGAAGAUAGUGAAAACGAUGUAGAACCUGACACACCUUCUACCAAACAGCGGCAGAACAGUGGCAUGAAUGAAAUCGAUGAGAUUACUAUAAAAGAGUCAAAAUCACAAAAAACUGGAAGCGAAAUCAUAGGCAUGUUGGACACGUAUGACAGACCAGCAGAUGCCAAUGCAAAAGGUAUUUAUGCUGGACAUGGAUCAUAUGCGUCAUCUUAUGAAAAUAAACCAGGGAAGAGAAUCCCCAAGGCUGGAUACAGUGCAGAAGCAGGAAUUGGAAAAGCUCGUGCUGAAUACAGUAUAUUUGAGGCCGAAGCCAGAGGCCCUAACGCCGGCGUUAAGGCUGAAGUCAGUGCAGUUAAAUUUGGAGGAAUUGCUCGAGCUGAAAUCGCCGGUGCGUCAGCUAAAGCCGGUCCAGUUGCUGUGAAAGUGGGACUUGGAUUCGACACGGGUGCAUCUAUUGGUCUGGACGGGGUGGAGCUCAAAUUCCUGGGAACUGGAUUCACAGUUGGUCCAAAAAUGAGUGUAUCUGCUCUGGGUUCAGAAGCAUCUGUGUCAUGUUCAGUCAUGUAGUCAUAGAGGGAUGAAUUCCCUUAAAAUUUUUAUGUGUAAAAUUUUACUACCAAACCAUGAAGAUGAAAAACUAAACACAUUGUUUAAACUUAAACCAGUUCUUAAAUUAGUCAUUACCAUUUAUUAUUUUAGUUUAUGUACUCAUCAUCGUAUCUACGUUGCUUUGGUAUAUUUUGCUCUUCAAUAAAUGUUUUUGUGCUUUGGGGUUAUUGUUAAGUUGAUAUUAAAUCUAUUCAAGGGCUGAACAUUCAAUUUUAAGAAAGUUUGGUUGAUGUUGACUAUUGUUGAAGCUCCUUGUGAGCUGUUUCUCACUCAAAUAAUCUGAGAUUACAAAGCACGGUUCUUUUUGUUAGACCUGUCCCAGAAACCUUUCUUGAAUUGAUCUGCUGUCCUCUGUGAAUGAAACCUUCAUUAUUUCUGUUAAUGACAACAACAUGUAUUAAAUCAUCUGCUCAUCUGG